CCUCUAUCGAUAACUGCGUGCUGACAAAUUUGGGACUCAAUAUAAUUUAAUUUAAUUGAAUAAACUAAAAAGGUAAUCCUUUUUGUUGUACAAUGCGCACACUACUCCUAAGCAAAGCGGAUGAGCUCUACUUGGAGAAAUGCGCACAGGAGCACCGGUUCUCGUACGGCAUCAUCAUCGGCCAUCAAGCCGAUUUGUCCAAAACGUUUGUGGUGCACUUGGCCAGGAAUAACGAAGAGGAUGCCGAUCUGGAGGACUUGACGGAGGUGGGACUGAGCAUAAGCGACAUUAGCUCACAGGCGUUGGCCUCCCAAUGGCUGAGCGCAAGCAAAAUGUGUCCCGGCUCAUUUGACGUCAUCGGAAUCUUUGUUGCCUCAGCCACUGACCAGAAUACCGAAAUGAAGACGGCCAAAAAACUUUUCUCCGAUGUUUACGACAUUCUAUUGAAAAGCAACAAGUCUUUUGGCAUCUACACCACCGAUGUGGCACAGAGCGAUUAUGCAUUCCUCUCCUACUCCUUGGCCAACAAGCAAGUUGUGUGCAAGAGUUACACCUACGGCAACGGUGGCACCUUCUCCGACAUGGAGUUCAAGUUUGUGGACAAACCCUUCGAGUGGAUACAGCUGGAGUGCGUGUACGACUUGGAGGACAUCCUACCCAUUGUGAACACAGCGCGUCGCGUCAACAUUGAGGAACAGUUUCAGAACAUUAUUGUGGCUUUUCGCAAAAACAUUCUCGUCAGCGAGGUGUUCCUGCAGAACGAAAUCGUCGAGGACACCAUCGACCUGCAGACGUACAUCAAGAAGCGGAAAAGCAAAGAGGAGAAACUCAAGGCCGCAUCGAGCAAUGCAACAACACCCUCGGACAGCUGUGCCUCGGAUGCGCUGCAUAUGCUGAACUCUCAGGGCUAUCUGGGCGGGUCGGCGAUCAUUCGUGCCAGCAUUGUGCUGCCGGUAAAGUGUCAGCUGGCCAAGCCAUCGGACAUUAAGGUGCGAGAGUUCAAUGGCACGCUGCGCACCAGCGGCAUCGUCUCCACGCGCAUCUUCUGCAGUCAACGCAACAGCAUUGCGGACGUGAAGCGCUUUCUGCGCGACGAUGUGCUGCGCUCACUGACCACGCGCAUCCAAGUCUACUGUGAUGGCCUCACGGAUCCGUAUGUCACCAAUGAGGCGAUCUUCAUAAGCGAGCCACCGCGUAGAGUAUUCUUUAGUCUGCCCACAGAGGGCACCAAAACAUCCAAAGCCGUCACAGUGCAGUUCUCCGAGUACCUGUUCCGUGGUGAGGCACCCACCGUGGUUGUGGCACAAGCCAAGCAAAUCCUCGACGUGGAAUUGGAUCCCGAGACAAUUCUGAUGGAUGCCGAGGGUCUGCCGGACGACACAAACUUCACCAACGCGCAAACGGACGCAGACGAAGCGGACGAGACGCGCAGCAUGACCAGCACGAUGCCAAAGCCGGAGCUGUCGCGCAGCCUCUACAUGCUGGGCAUUGCUGUGGCCCUGCUGGUGCUGCUGUCAUCGGUGGCGCUGCAUUACAUGUUGACUGAUAAAUAGGCAGCUGGCAUGCCAAACCAACCUCCACACCCUCCCCCUAUAUAUGUGUAGAUCUUUGUACGGAAUGUUUUUUAUAUGCGGAUAUACAGACUAAUAUUAUUUGCAAGGCACACGGCACACACCUCACCUCUCCUUCUCUCUGUCUUGUGAUCGUUUGUUUUUUAUAAUCAAUUUGUGUGUUGUACUCGUAGUGGAUAGAAAAGCAGAGAAAUGUUUGUGUGUGUGUUUAUCGAGAGGUCACGUUAAAUAGUUUUAUUGUGUGAGAAAAACAGAAACAAAAAGUGUGUGCGGCAUUUAACACCAAUAAAUUAUAAACUAAUGCGUAA